AUGGCUUUGAUCUCGAGUACGAACGUGUUCAAUUUCGCGAGUUUUCAGCUCAAACAAACUGAAGUUUCUUUUUCAACUUUCAGCGUCAUUCGCAAGCGAUUCGGAGAUUGUCCUAACCGCAAUGUGCUUCUAAGAACCAAAAGAAACGCACCGAUUCUUCCCAAAGUCCGAGCUCAGAAUCUUCCCGACUAUGUUCCAGAUUCCAAGUUUUACAAAAUUGAAGCGAUUCUCAGGCCAUGGAGAAUUUCUCAUGUUUCUUCGGCUUUGUUGAAAAUGGGUAUCCGCGGUGUCACUGUAUCUGAUGUCAAGGGGUUUGGUGCUCAGGGUGGUUCGAUAGAGAGGCAUGGAGGCUCAGAAUUUUCUGAAGACAGUUUUAUUGUCAAAGUUAAAAUGGAAAUAGUAGUGAGGAAAGACCAGGUUGAGGCAGUACUCGACCAAAUUUUGGAGUCAGCAAGGACUGGGGAGAUUGGAGAUGGCAAAAUUUUCUUGAUGCCUGUAUCUGAUGUAAUAAGAGUUCGCACAGGUGAGCGUGCGGAAAAGGCUGAGAGAAUGGCCGGUGGGAUGACUGACCUAUCGUCUGUUAGAACGAAUGAAUAG